UUCAUUGUUUUGGAAUGUUUUCAAUUUUGAAUUGUUUUGAAACACUGCGGAAUGAGUGUGUGUUGAGAUAUUAACUUUUUGAUUUUGCCAACUUGCCCUGAAAACGAAUAACAUCUGUUACGGCUUUUAUGGCUUCAAGCCUUCAGCGAUUCUAAUUCAUUUAAAGUUAAUCGUGAUACCUCUUAAGUUUACGUCAUAAUUUCUAGAAGAAUAGCUAAAUGACAAUGAGUUCCGCGCAUUCCCAGACACUUUACUCGUCUUCCCCGGAGAGCUUUGACUGUAAGCAGGGCGCCAUUCGCGCAGCACGUUUAAAUGUGGACGGCAAUUACUGCAUCACCUGCGGUGCGGAUAAAUCCAUAAAAUUGUGGAAUCCUUAUCGUCAACUGCUACUCAAGACGUACGCGGGCCAUGGAUUCGAAGUCUUGGACGCAAGAGGAUCGUUUGACAGCUCACAAAUCGCCUCCGGUUCUGCCGAUAAAACGGUAAUGCUGUGGGAUGUUGGGAGUGGAAAGGCUUUGCGGAAACUUCGAGGCCACAUGGGCAAAGUGAACUGCGUGUGCUUCAAUGAAGAAUCCACAGUUGUUCUCUCGGGGAGUCUUGACUGCACUGUUAAGGUUUGGGAUCUAAAAAGUCAAAAGCAGGAACCAGUGCAGACCCUAGACGAAGCUAAAGACCAGGUGAUGUCCAUUGUGGCUACCAAUUACGAAAUUCUCACGGGAUCGCUCGACGGACGGAUUCGGCGCUAUGAUCUGCGCGCGGGCAAACUGCACCAGGACUACAUUGGGAAAUCCGUCACCAGCGUCUGCUUCACCAACGACAGCCAAGGCAUCCUGUUGGGCACCAUGGAGAGCGCGGUGAUGUUGAUGGAUAAAGAUAAUGGGGAAAUGUUGGGAGAAUACGUCGGACACAAGAGUGCCGACUACCGGUGUGAUGCCGGUCUGAACGCGAAAGACACCCAUGUCUUGUCUGGCUCAGAGGAUGGCCAGGUCUACUGUUGGGAUUUAAUUACGGGACAAAUAGUGCAGAAACUGGAUCACGGGUUAGGGGAGACUGUCAUCACCUGUGUUGCGCAUCAUCCCAAAGAUGGUUCUUUUAUAAGCACGGCCAAGAAUAAGCUGUUUAUCUGGAAAGCAGUGGACACCUGAUUGACGUCUGCAUCGAUGCGGCAAAUUUUUGGAACUUUUCCCUCACUUAACUGAAAAUUCGCGAUACAUACUGUGAUAACGCUGCGGGCAUAUUUACUUGUGGAUCUCUGCAUUUGACCGUCUUGUUUUAACUGAAAAAAACCGAUAAAUUAUGCGUUUCUGCUGGAUGAACUGCUUUCCUCACCUGAAGGACAAGCGAUUGUUUCAAAAUCGAUUUUUUGUGCAUUAGAGCACAUGAGAGUGUUGUUCUGAGGAAG